AAAUUUUAAUGACAUUUACAUAAAUAGAAACGAAAUGGGUUUAACGUCUGUUUGAAUGGAAAAAUGGAUAAAGAAGGGUGUGUUGUGUGGAUUAGGUUUUUGUUAUACGACAUAAAAAGUAUUAUACGGUCUGGUUUCAUUUAUGAAUUAAUAGAGUUGAUCAAUCCUCGUCUAAAACCAGGAUACAACUCUAUUCCGGAAGUAGUCUUUGUUCUCGUCACUGAAGGCGAUUGAUCAACAAGUCGCGACGUUUGCUCCGAGUUUCAUCCGAAGAAUUAUUGUUUGUAAACUAUUUUAAUCAUCAGUUGCAACGUAUUUUAUCUAGAACAACGGACAAGAAGAAUUAGAAAGCCAACUAAUGGAAACUAAUGAUGUUGUAACUUUCCAUCAAUGUGUUGUAUGUGAUGAGAUUUUUCCACAAUAUGAUGAUUUAGUAAAACACAAUAAAAUACAUGUUAAAGAAGAGAAAACUGAUGAUGUAAAUGAAUAUUGUCAUGUUAAAGAAGAGAAAACUGAUGAUGUAGAUGAAUAUUGUCAUGUUAAAGAAGAGAAAACUGAUGAUAUAGAUGAAUAUUGUCAUGUUAAAGAAGAGAAAACUGAUGAUAUAGUUGGAUAUUGUCAUGAUAAAGAAGAGAAAACUGAUGAUGUAGAUGAAUAUUAUCAUGUUAAAGAAGAGGAAACUAAUGAUGUAGAUGAAUAUUGCCAUUUUAAAGAAGAGAAAACUGAAGACAUUGAAACAUGCUAUCAGUGUAAUUUGUGUGAUGAAGAAUUUAAAUCUGACACUGAUUUAGAGAAACACUGUGAAAUACAUGUUGAAGUCGAGAAAAUCAACGACCAAACUGAACAGAUCUUCGGACUGAAGCACACCAAUAAAAACCCAUAUAAAUGUGGUGUUUGUGGUGAGGCUUUCGUUAAUGGUAGCCCCCUGAAACGACACAUGGCAGUUCAUACAGGAGAGAAGAAAAUAUAUGAAUGUAAUCUUUGUGGUCGAACAUUUAGUUACCAUAGCAUGCUACAGAGACACAUGAGAUAUCAUAUAGGGGAAAAACCUUAUAAAUGUGAUGUUUGUAGUAAAUCAUUUACUGAGAGUAGUACUCUACAGAGACAUAUCAGAGUUCAUACUGGUGUAAAACCUUAUAUAUGUGAUGUUUGUGGUAAAUCAUUUUCUACAAGUAGUAAUUUACAUCUGCAUGAAAGAAUUCAUACUGGUGAAAAACCUUAUAUAUGUAAUGUUUGUAGUAAAUCAUUCACCAACACAAGUAAUCUACAGAACCACAUCAGAACUCACACUAGAGUUAAAACCUUAUAAAUGUGAUGUUUGUAGUAAAUCAUUCACCAACACAAGUAAUCUACAGAACCACAUCAGAAUUCACACUAGAGUUAAAACCUUAUGUGUUGUUUCAUUAAAGAAAUGAAAUGGGGUUUAACGUCCUACUGUUCUGCUCCUAUGCUGGGCUAAUGAAGACGGACAUACGCCAUACAGUGUGCUAUGAGGGAAAUUUUGCCCGGGCAGCGGCACUAUCGCCUACUCUUAUAUCGAAUUCCAACUGCCAAGGGAUCUUUUACGUGCAUUCCAAUGUAUACACAGGACAUCAUUUUUUUGUCUCAUCCGAAGGACUAGGCAGCUGUCCUUGUCAGGCCCUCUGUCCUGCAUCACUGACAAGGGGGAACCACGCCGGAAAAUCUGGAUGAACUUUCUCGGCCAAUGCAGGGAUCAAACACACGACCUCCAGGCUAGCGAGCCAGCGUCUUACCCACUUAGCCACGUGAUCCCCCUUUUUGAGGGAGCUAAAAGCACACCUGAACUCAUCUGCUGUACUCUUAACGCAGCACACAGGAACUUAAACUGGAGAAAACGCUUAAAAAUGUGAUGUUUGUGGUGAAUCAUUUAGAGACUCUGAUCCGGAGUUCACAAAGCAUUCGCAGACUUAAUUUAAAGGAGCUAAGUCGCUAAUAUUUGGGACUUAGAAAUUGACACAAAUGGGUCGCAAUACAUAGAAUAAUGUAAUAUGAAUGUAUAUAAAAUGAUUUACAUUCAAUUGUUUCUGUUUUUACUGUCAUUUCUAAUCAGUUAGGUUCGGCGACAUACGCCAGUAUUCUCAAUCAAAUUUCAAUCUCUAGCUUCUGGUUAUUCCAGUCUAUGCCAAUAGUAUUUAUUGGGCAUGCUCUCCAGAUAAGAAUAUAGGGUCACCAUUUGACAUGACUUGUGGAAUAUGCCUAUUUCGUUUUUUGUGUCCCUUAUUACACAUAGCGCUGAAACGCAUUAUGGUACACGAUUCGUGUACCAAUUGUAAAAUGUUUAUUUUGUCAGAUGGCCAUCUUUUCCCGGUAAGAUCACAACAUCAAUGUUGAUUUAAACCGACAAAUAAAUCGUGUUUUCAAUGUCGAAGAUUUUGGAUGAUAUUGAGUUAGAGACUUGGCUACUUUAAGACUCAUUCAGUCCUAAAACCUGUUUACGUUACAAAUUUUAAACGUACCAGGCACGGCACGCUUCCCUUUUUUGUAGUGUAAACAGGUCAAACGUAAGCAUGCCGUGCCUAUUACGGUGCCAAUCUGGCCCACUGAAGUGAGGUGGUCAUGGAACGGUACCAGGACCGGCUCGCUUUAAAUUUUCGUAGGUAUACAAACGUUAACCGGUCUGAGCACUGAUUACUGCGCAUGCGCCAAAUGAACCUUGACCUGUUUUCCCCACAAACUUUGAAUCCUCUGUCAUCAGUUCUAUAAAAAUGGCUGCUCAAACUAAAUCAACCAUCAUAAUUGUUUUCAUCUGGGUAAUUUGCAUAGGGUCUGAAAUUAACUUUUCUGUGAAGAGUUCCACAUUUAGCGUGCCUGGCAUGGUUCUGAGACCAGUUUUUUUAGAGUAAUGUAAACGGGUCAAUUUCUUGAAAUUUAUCGCGGCCUGGUACCAUGCCCAGAAUGGCACGCAUAUCGCAGCGAAGUAUAAAUGGUGCUCCAGUCACACCCACCGUUGACCUAAUUAACAUUUGAAUUUCACCAGCUUUUGCCGCGUAUCAAUGGCCUGUAUAUGAUGAUAUUCCCUGCCUCAUUGAUCAAUAAAGUUAUAAAUCUGGUUUGUUCUUCUAAUAAUUUCUUCACUGUAGAAAGUGAUCCCGAUUCAGAAAUUAAAGGGUUUUUAUCAAAGGAUCUUUUAGAGAUGAAUAGUAAUCGUCCAAGAUCCCUGUACAGGCCUAGAAAUUCAUGUGAAUCUCUGAAUCUAAUUCGCGCAAGGAUUCUCGGAGAAUUGUCGAGUCCAACUAUUGAAUGUCAGUCAGGGUCAUUGUUCUUAACUGGCUGUAUUGUGUCGGCUUUGGGGAUCACGUGGCUAAGUGGGUAAGACGCUGGUUCGCUAGCCUGGAGGUCGGGUGUUCGAUCCCUGUAUUGGCCGAGAAAGUUCAUUCAGAUUUCCCGGCGUAGUUCUACCUUGUCAUUGAUACAGGACAGUGAUACAGCUGUCUAGUACCGAGGCCCUGUGUACACAUUGGCGUGCACGUAAAAGAUCCCUUGGCAGUUGGAAUUCGAUAUAAGAGUAGGCCGUAGCACCGCUGCCCGGGCAAAAUUUCCCUCAUAGCACACUGUAUGGCGUAUGCCCGUCUUCAUUAGCCCAGUUUAGGAGCAGAACAGUAGGACGUUAAACCCCAUUUCAUUUCAUUUUGUGUCGGCUUUAGCUGAUUGAUGUUUAAUCUAGACGAUUGGUAAAACAAUGAACCGGCCACUAUGGUAUCAUAAAUCAGUCUACUUUGGGCUAAAUUACAACGGGUUAAUCAUUACUUGUUAAUAAAAAAAUCAAUCGAUGCUUGUCGGCUACAAUAACAGUCAUACCCUAGUGAGAAUCCGUCGUAUGUGGUUCAUAAUCCGAGUAAUUACAACAUUUAAUGGUGAUUUUGAUAAUCCGGUAAAAAAAAAAAAAAAAAAAACUUGCUGAUAAUUCAUAACAUGUUCAGUAAAAUACGCCACGUGGCGAAUGAUUCAUUGAAGACGAUCUAGGCAUGAUCUUCCGCUCUCCGUCCGUGUGAAUUUAAGGUACCGGUAGAUAUUAAAAUAAUAACUGGAUCAUACAUUGAUGGAUUCACUGACCAGUUGUUAGGUAAAUUUAAAUCUGCAUUGAAUAUAAUCCCUGAUAGAACACCGAAUACACGGAGAGAGAUAUAGUGGAUAUUUUCCCGACAAAUUCCAAUGACACGUGACAUAUCAGUUGGAAUAAGGUCAACAAACUAUUUCUAAAUAGUGUUUACCGUUAUAAUUUUUUUAUUUUAUACACAUGCUGACAGAGGCUUAAUUUUAAAAAUAUCACAGUUGUACAGAAUUUUAUUUUAUACCAAUUUCAGUUACGUGAUCAUUAGACCAUGUGUCUAUCACCGGACUGAAUAACGUGAUGGACAAGAGUAUUAAUUGUGCUAUGAAGAAAUGCCAUCAUGCUUAUUUUUGCUACAGCUUAUUUUGGCUACAGCAUUUUCUGGAUAUUACUUUUGACACAAUUUAAGUGUUUACCAAAAAUUCCAUCUGAUUGUUUUAUUUUUAUCAUUGUUGUUGUAUUUUG